AUGGACAGCGACGAUGCAAUGGACGAGAACGGAUUCGACCAGGGCCUCGCUCUCACUGAAGCCAACGAGUCACCUUCCUCUGGCAAAGCAACACUCAAGCGUGGAGAUGCGUGCUUGGCCUGCCGCCGGCGUCGAAUUCGCUGCAAUGCCGCUAAGCCCUCCUGUGCGACCUGCGUACGCCUUAAGAAGGAGUGUGUAUACGAGACUGGGAAGAGCACAUCGCGCAUAGCACAGCUCAAGGCUCGGAUCGCCGAGCUCGAGUCGCAGCUCUCCUCUCGCUCUCCCGAACAGACAUCCAGCGGCGGGGAGCAGGGCAUGCAACCCGGACCUUUCUUCCCCGACCAGCGACAGCAGGACGGACGUCACGAGUCUACGCCGCAACAUCACCACCCCCAGCAACAUUCUCACCACAAUCACCAGUCGCGGCCGGCGACAGCACCGUCUUACCAAUCGAAUUCGGCGCCGAUGACCUCUGGGCAUCAUCCGGAGGCGGAUACGCUCGGCGCUGUGCUUGGUGCGGCUCCCCGCUCAGGACGGAUGCCCUACCCACAGAGUACGGGCCCGAGGCCACUCGGUGUGCCGGACGAGCACUUUGACUUUGACCUCUCUUUCCUCGAUCAGCCUGUCUAUGACCUGAGCGCAGCGAUGAUGACCGCAUCUAUGGCCCAGAACGAUCAGAUCGACAUUGGCGCACUCAAUCGCCGGUACCACGGUCUCAGUGCGAGGUCCGAAGUCACCGGAGUGCCAAUGAGGUCGCCAAGAGCAGGAACCCGAGGUACCUCACUACCAGAGACGGCAGCAAGUCCUCUUGGACGGGCGCCGCCUGGAGAGGUUCCGGCCGUCCUCAACAAGAUGAUGGGCCAGUUCCUGAAGCAACACCAGCAGCAGAGCGUCUCGUACUUUGAGGAAAACGAGGAUGCCGAAAUGGAGUUCCUUCCGUCGCUGGGCGACAUCGAGAUCCUCCCGUCACUGCCGCAGGGUCGUGAGCUGAUGGGCGGCUGGUUCGACCCUAACGACAUCCCACCCGCUGUGCGUGACCAUCUCCUGGACCUGUUCUUCUCCAAGACGAAUGCUGGGAACCUAUUCCACGUUGUUUUCCACUUGCCGCGUCUCUACACGCGCUUGACUAUGCCGCCCAACAAGCGCCCGCACCCGUGCCUCAUGUACGCGAUGUACUCGUGUGCGGCGCGUCUCUCGUCCCAGCCGGCAAUCAAGCAGCUUGAGGGCCAGUUCUACAGCAUCGCCGAGAAGCAGAUCCGGUUGGCCAUCAAGAACCACGACCGCCUCCUCGACGUCGUGCGUGCCAUGGCGCUGCUUGUGUCGUACCUCUUCUCCAAGGAACAGUACUCUCUCGGCUACCACAUGACUGGGACAGCCGUACGACUCGCCAUCUCGUGUGGCCUUGACCGCAUCCCAACGUCCGUGUGGUCACCCCAACCACCAUUCAACGCGGCUAUUCACUGCACAUUACGCAUGGGAGGGUAUGCCCUUCCUCCACCAGAGGACCCGAUCGACUUGGCGGAACGCAUCUACGCCUUCUGGGCUGUGUAUGAAACCGACCUCUGCACAGCUGUGGCGUAUCUCUGGCACCCUGGUUUUCCGAUCGAUGAGAUCCGCACCCCACUCCCACGGCCCAUGAUCGAGUACGAGCUGGGCAUUGUGUCGGAGAAGGACGAUAUUCCAAUCAGCUCCGUGUUCGACGCCACGCCUUAUCCGUACAGCUCGGACACGUCUUUCAUGGUUCUCCGCAUCAAGGCUGUCACAUUCCUCUCAAGAGUUCUCAAGUUACGGCAAGAUAAGCCCGAGUUAGAGCAGCCGCAGGUGGCACCUGCAACGCCGGAACCGCACGGGUGCUCGUACCCGGGCUCACCGUUCCCUGCUCACAUCACCCACCCUAAGGGCUUUGCCAGCCUCAAGGCGGGCAUGGACAGAUUCAUCGCCUCGCUUCCUGAGCAGAUGCAACCCCCAUGGCAGUGGGACUCGGAGGAUGACAGCGACUUGGGCCUGCCGCGUGUGCAGAUGGGCCGCGACACCUCGAUCCUUCACUUCCUUAUCGGCAACGCGUACAUGCAAUUGUGGAACGUGCGCGCCUUGGACGCCGAAAACACUAUCGCUAUCCUUAUCGCGCGCCGCCUCGUCAAUGUCAUGUACCUCUUCCAGACGGAUCCCUUGAGCACAGGCUACGACAUCUUCAUGAUCACCAUCUGGAACGAAGUGGCCAUGAUUCUGCUCCGCGAAGCCAAGCGCCUGCAGUAUGUUGGCGACGCCAAGAAGGCUGCGCUCAUCGACGCCGACCUGGAUGUCGCCAUCACUGCGCUCAAGAAGUGGGGCGACGUCGAUCUCGCCAACGAGCACGAUGGUGCCGAUAUUGCCGCGAUGAACGGCAAGAUGCUCGAUCAACUGCGCGCGAUGAGCGAGCAGGACUGGGCUGAGUCGAUCGCCGAGAGCCAGCGGCGGUACGGCGGAGGCGGGCCAGGAAGCCCCGGGGUAACUCCUGUGUCCAUGGCUGGGUUGGCAGACAUGGUAUGUCCCGAACUGGCCAGUUCGGGUGCAGGACUAGCUGCUGCGCAGUUAAACUCGACUGGGCUCUAUUAG